AUGGCGGAUUCUGCCGCCUGGCCUUCUUUUUCAUCGUUUUGGUGGCUAAAUGCUUUGAAAAGUAAGGUGUUCGGUGCCGUGUUUUGUUCAUGGAAUACAAACAGUUCGAUAAGUUGGCACGAUUCGGAUGAAGAAAGCCAUGAGAGCAAGGACAGUAAAGACAGUUACGGUGUGAGCGGUGCGGUUGAAUGCCGCCAGCUAGUCAAACGGUUGAAUUCAGUGUCCGCUGUUGCUGCCGGUUCCUUGGCAAAUUCAAACUUAUCCGGUGGCUCAUCGAGCGUCGUCAAUUUCAGAAAGUCGAAACGAAAGGGUGCACCGACGGCACUGUCCGCAGCGGGUAGCAAUAUUGCAGCUUGUUGUCAGAAUGGAUCGAUCACCUGUGCGAGCGGUUUCGGUACGUUGCCUUUGCAGCAUCAGUCGUCCUCCAGCAAGGACCAAACCGGCAGUUCUGCGGAACCGAAGGACAAGACGCAGGAACGCGACGCGCAUUCCAGCUUGGAGUUUGAAAUGGAAAAGCUGAAAGCAGAACUACGGAUUAGUAAGUCCAGGGAACAGGAAUUACGAUUGCAACUGCAACAGUUAACUAACGCCGAGAAGUCUCUCAGAAGCGAGUUGAAUCAGCUGAAGCAAACGAACGACCAGCUGCAAACACGUGUACAAAACCUUGUGAAAGUGCGACAGGUAGAUAAGCAGAAUAUUGCCAAUAUGGAGAAGAAACUCGCCGAAGAGCAGAAAGCCAAACAAGCGGUGGAUCAACAGCUACAACAAGAAAGAAAAGCCAGGAAAGUAGAUGAAGCGAACGCGAAUCGACAACUUUUAUCAUCUUCAAAAAACGAAUGCGAGAUGUGCAAGCAAAGGCGUCGCGAAAGUGAGAGUCAAUUAAAACAUUUGCGAAAGGAGAUGGGUCAACGCGAGGAGCACAUCAACCAGUUGGACUGUGAAGUGCGGGCUUUGCGACAGUACAAAGAGGCAAACAACAUCGAUACGUUGAUGAGCACCCUAUCUGCAAUGGAACGUAAAAACGUCCAUCUGGAGACGUCCCUUUCCGCAGAAACCAGGUUGAAGCUUGACUUGUUUUCGGCUUUGGGAGACGCGAAGAGGCAAUAUGAAAUCGCUCAGAAUGAGUUGAUGAAGAAAGAAAAAGAACUGGAAAAGUUUCGACAUCAAAUGGGUGAAGUGUCGAAGGGACUCCUUAUCUACCCGAAUCAAAGCGUUUCUGCUUCGACCUCGGUCACUCCUCCACCCACGGCUUCUCUUCAUAAUGGAAUCGAUGCGAUUUCGUCCAGCAUCUACUCUCCUACUUACAUGGAGAUGAUUCGCGUACAUUGCUGGUCGAAGGAUUCCAAGUUUCUCACGUCGACCCUUAGGACUCAACUCUUACAUUCGCUUGAGGAAAAUGCAGCGGUUGACGGCCUGCAGAACUCGACAUUUCGUAUUCAGACUGAGCUGUCGUCGUUUCUACAGUGGCUCGUAGAGAUGGACGAGCCGAUCAUGCGCUGA